UCUUUCCCAAAUUUUUAAAUUAACAGAUAGUGAGGAAGAUUCUUUUUUCUGCACUACAUACUAGUCUUUUUUUUAAUUGGAAAAAAUAAUCGAGUUAUCUGAUCAAACAAUGCAAGUCUUUGUCAAGUCUCUUCAAGGUAAUACACUUACCUUUGAUGUCACUGCCAACUCAUCUGUUGCCAAUCUCAAGUCCAUGAUUCAAGAACGUGAAGGUUUACCUGUUGAUGCUCAACUUUUGUCUUUUGCUGGUAAGCCUCUUGUUGAUGGUGAACUUUCUGCUUAUGGCAUUGGCAACAACAACACCUUGAAUUUGAAUGCUGAAUUAUUGGGUGGUGGUAAGAAGAGAAAGAAGAAGACUUAUACCACUCCCAAGAAGAUCAAGCAUAAGCGUACUAAGGUCAAGUUGGCUAUUCUCAAGUACUAUAAGGUUGAUGAGUCUGGUAAGAUCACUCGUCUUCGCCGUGAAUGUCCUAACGCUACUUGUGGUGCUGGUGUCUUCAUGGCCAAGCACAAGGAUCGUCAAUACUGUGGCAAGUGUCAUUUGACUUAUGUCUUCCAAAAGGGCGAUAGCGCUUAA